CACACGUUUAUUAUUAUUACGGUAUUAUUUUCAUUUAUYAAAUGACCACUGAAUURUCAAAUCACAAGCUAUUUGUUCCCGUUUUUUAUACAAAUAUUUAACAACAAAAUAAAAGGAUUCAUUUGUUAACCACCGAUGAUWGUCAACAACAAUGAUAAUUAAGACAUUGUUAUUAUUGACACCAAACGCCAAGUUGUACACAAUUUGUACCCGACAUGUGGUCAAACGUUUUUAUUGGUUAUCGCAUCGGUUGUCCGCUACCAUCGACUGGCGUAAUAUCAGUGGCGACCGUAGGGCUACUACCGUUGGCGGCGGAGGUGAUCUCAAAAACACACGUAAUGUCGGUAUAAUAGCGCAUAUCGACGCGGGAAAGACCACAACGACAGARCGUAUGCUCUACUACUCGGGCGAAACGGAUAUUAUGGGUGAAGUGCACGACGGCGACACUGUUACCGAUUAUUUGCCACAAGAGCGGGAACGCGGUAUCACCAUUACGUCGGCGUCGAUCACGUUUGACUGGCGCCGACAUCGGAUCAAUUUGAUUGAUACGCCCGGUCAUGUGGACUUUACGGUCGAAGURGAGCGUUCACUUAGCGUACUGGACGGUGCGGUCACUAUAUUGGACGCAUCGGCCGGUGUUGAAGCUCAGACAUUYACGGUCUGGUCGCAGGCCAAUCGCUACAGCAUUCCUCGGCUCAUAUAUUUGAAUAAAAUGGACAAAUCCGCCGCCCGACUGGACAGCUGUCUGCACAGUAUAGAUCAUAAACUUGGCGCCAAAACUCUGCCGAUUCAUAUGCCGUUAGGUGCGGGCAAAGAGUUCAACGGUAUCGUCGAUUUGGUGACAAUGGAACGGCACUUAUGGCCUGAUAAUGGCACCGAAGGUAAAGUGUUUGACACAACACAACUGCAUACCGGUGAUGAACACUUUGCAGAAGCGCAAUGUCUACGAGAUGAACUGAUCGGUGCGAUUAGCGAUCUGGAUGAACAGUUAUCCGAAGARAUACUGGUGGCCAACAAAGUUGAGGACAUAAGCGCUCAAUCGGUUCAAAACGCACUGAGACGGGUGACCAUUAAACAGUUGGCUUUUCCCGUACUGUGCGGCAGUUCCUAUCGUAAUGUCGGCGUUCAACUSUUGYUGAACUCGAUGUGCCGAUACUUACCCAGUCCUCUUGARAAARUACGGCCAUUGCAAGCSUUAUACGCGGGACAGUUGUGUGCGUUCGCCUUUAAGAUCAUAUUUGACAAACGAUUAGGUUGUCUAACRUUUUUGCGCCUAUACUCGGGUGACCUGAAGAGCACCCAAUCAUUGUUUAACAUGAAUCGCGAUAAAUCGGAAAAAAUUCAUAAGCUAUACAUGGCUUUUGCCGAUGACUUUCGCGAAGUAACGCACAUAGGAUUCGGUAAUAUUGCUGUCGUUACGGGACUCACGAAUACCAUAACUGGCGACACAUUAGUAUCGUCGCAAACAGUGGCCAAUGAGGUCAAACGUAAAUACGAGAAAAAUGAAUCAAAUUUAGAGCCAAURUUUGGUGGAAUUUCGGUACCCGAACCAGUCUUCUAYUGUUCCAUUGAAGCGCCAUCAUUGUCCAAAUUAAAUGCUAUGGAACUAGCAUUGGAUAAUUUGCAACGUGAAGAUCCGUCAUUUAAAGUGACCACCGAUAAGGAUUCGGGACAGACUGUUAUCAAAGGAAUGGGCGAAUUGCAUAUUGAGGUUAUUAAAGAUCGUAUACUAAAAGAGUAUGGAGUGGACACAUAUCUCGGUCCUCUACAGGUGUCGUAUAGGGAGACAAUAGUCGACGCGGCCAUUGAUACUUUAGAAGUAAGCAAAGCGGUCGGUGGAAAUAAGAAUCGCAUAAAGAUUACAUUGCAAUUGCGUCCCAAGUCGAUGAAGAAACAGUCGGACGACACCAAUAAGUUGAUUCGAGUUGUGGUCACUCAGGAUAACGAUUUGGGAAAACUACGGACUGACCAUUUAAAGGCAAUUGAAACCGGUGUCCGCAAUGCACUGGAAUUUGGUCCGCUAUUGUCUUUUCCAGUGGUCGAUGUGUUUGUCGAUUUGCUGGGAUUUGAGACAACUUCUCGUACAACACUACCGUUUAUUACCGCAACUGCCGGCCAAUGUAUUGCCAAUUGUCUACAUAAAGCUAGUCCACAAUUAUUGGAGCCUUAUAUGGUUCUCGAGAUUACAACACCCGAACAGUAUAUCGGCUCAAUUAUUAGCGAUUUAUCUACACGUCGGUCACAAAUCGGCGACAUUACCGUCAAAAGUGAUCUCCGAGUCAUCAAUGCUGUGACACCACUGUCCGAAUUAGUCAAUUAUUCGACAUUUGUACGGACACUGACCUCGGGAACGGCCAGUUUUUCUAUGCAUUUUGAGUCCUAUCAUCACAUGAAUGAAGCCGAUCAACACAAAGCCAUUCAAAAGGCAUCAGGCGUUGCCAUCAAUUGAUUGGCAAAAAAUGUAUUUUCGCUUAAUUUCUU